UGCAAUGCAUUCUGACGUUUCUCUCGCUCACACAGCUGUUGAGGUUGAGGAGCGAAGCUUGCGCAGCUCUGCAUGAAAUUACUGAUAAUUCAAAGGCGCGCGCCGAGAACACCAUGCAUCCCGAUUUGGAACGGCCUGGAGAGGGGGUGUCCAUACCUUUCAUGUGCUGUCGGAGAAAACACUUUGCGUAAUUUACCCAGGAAUGCACCUUGAAGAAGGCAGCCAUUCUGGAGCCGAGCGCUUUAUUUUGAAACAGUGGGUCUUUUCCAGUCAGUUUCUGCUUCAACGAUCUGUUUUCAAUAAGGAUGUACAGAAAAUCUAAUCAACCAUAAAAGGCUGGAGAUAUCAAAGUGGAAAUGUUACUGUAGGAAAUAAAGUGGGGACUGUGACUGUGCGCAUUCUGGUUUCUCCCAACGAAAGCAAAUAGUCUAUAUGGUUACGCGCACGUUGUGCUUUGUGAGAACAAGACAUCAACCAACCGAAGAUGGUCCGGUUUGUUCUUUGUGCUUUAAUAUUAGCUUUGGCUGACUUGAAUUAAAGAAUAACUGUAGGCCUAUAUAACAUCCGUGGAAUUGACCGUUUAUUCCCCACCGUUCAAAUGCUGGAAUGGCUAGUGGUUUUGUGUAUUGUGAUUCUGGUGGCCGUUAUUUGGCCAGCUUCGAAAUAUUUUGGUACCCAGGGCGAGCCAGACGCACUCCUCCAGAGGCUCGGAAUUUCACGGCGGCAAACGAAGGAGAGGGUCUCGGAGAGGUGCGUCUCAGACCGGGAGGUCCCGGGGGACGGUGCUAAUGCCCAGACACCGGACUUGGAAGGUGAGAAUAAAGUCCCCGCUGUUGCGCUGAUAUGCAAACCCUCGGCGCUGGCCAACUAUCUCCUCAAACACUGCAGGACUUUUAGCAAUUUCACGGCGUGCACCGGAUGGACAUGGCGGGCGAGUGCGUUUCUUCAGACAGUCUACGGCGCCUGCUGGCCGUACAAGAGCCGGGUGCAUUUCGUGCGAGACUACUUGCAGUUGAGUGACGAUGGUCUCGUGGCACUGGACUGGGCAGUUUCGGUGGCCGGUGCGUCGUACCAGAAACGGAGGAGAACCUCGAGUAAUUCCACGAGCCCAAUCCUCCUCAUCAUACCCAACUCUUUCGGGAAAAUCACUAGAAAUGUGCUGAAGCUCUGUGAGGUGGCGUUGUCCCAUGGCUACCUACCUGUGGUGUUUAACCGGCGCAGCCACAACGCCACCCCCCUCAGCACCGUCAAGCUGCAGCAGUUUGGCGACCCAGGUGACCUACGCGAGGCCGUGCGCUACGUGCGCUACAGGCAGCCUGUGAGCCGGCUGUACGCGGUGAGCGAGAGCACCGGGUCCGGUCUCCUCCUCGCCUACCUGGGAGAGUGUGGUUCAUCCAGCUACGUGACGGCCGCCGCCUGCCUCUCGCCAGUGUUCCGCUGCCAGAGCUGGUUUGAGAAAGGACCCAUCUGGCCCCUACACUGGGCUCUGGUGACUUACCAGAGGAUAUGCCUCAGCAGGUACAGGACAGUGCUGGGUGAGACAGUGCACACCGACACCCUUUUCUCCAGCUGUUCCCUGCGUGGCCUGGAGGAGGUGCUGUUCUGCCAGCAGCCAGGCCCUAAAGGAGCCCUGGCCCUAGCAGCGGGCAGCAGUGGGGGAGCCUGGGAGGCCUACUGGGAACGCAAUGAACCCCUCCGGGACGUAGAUGAAGUCGCCAUCCCCGUUCUGAGUGUCUGUGCUCAGGAUGACCCUAUCAGAGGAGACCCCCAGUCUACCCUACCCAUGGAACUCUUCGAGAGCAACCCCCACUUCUUCCUGCUGCUGACCACCACGGGGGGACACUGUGGCUUUAACACCCAGGAAGGGAGUGCUUUCUCUGGGGGAGUGACCGGUGGAGGGACCCCUGGGACUAGCUGGAGCCACCAGGCCCUGCUGGAGUUCUUCAGGGCCACCACAGACUUCAUUGCGGCAGAGGAGAGGGCUAAGCAGGCUGCCAGACGGAGGGGCCUGGGGGGUAGCAGCCAGGGCAAAGUCUUCAGACAUCGUAGUGUCAGUACCUGUAAGAGGCUGCCCGUAUGCUCACAUAAUAUACACGCUAUCUACAACUGGCAGAGGUCUUAUACACGAUGAGCUGGGGUGAGGAUAUUGGAUAUUAUGGAUGAUAAGGGAUUGAUAUUAUGGAUCAGAAGGGAUUGAUAUUAUGGAUGAUAAAGGGAUUGAUAUUAUGGAUGAUAAGGGAUUGAUAUUAUGGAUGAUAAGGGAUUGAUAUUAUGGAUGAUAAAGGAUUGAUAUUAUGGAUGAUAAGGGAUUGAUAUUAUGGAUGAUAAGGGAUUGAUAUUAUGGAUGAUAAGGGAUUGAUAUUAUGGAUGAUAAGGGAUUGAUAUUAUGGAUGAUAAGGGAUUGAUAUUAUGGAUGAUAAGGGAUUGAUAUUAUGGAUGAUAAGGGAUUGAUAUUAUGGAUGAUAAGGGAUUGAUAUUAUGGAUGAUAAGGGAUUGAUAUUAUGGAUGAUAAGGGAUUGAUAUUAUGGAUGAUAAAGGAUUGAUAUUAUGGAUGAUAAGGGAUUGAUAUUAUGGAUGAUAAGGGAUUGAUAUUAUGGAUGAUAAGGGAUUGAUAUUAUGGAUGAUAAGGGAUUGAUAUUAUGGAUGAUAAGGGAUUGAUAUUAUGGAUGAUAAAGGAUUGAUAUUAUGGAUGAUAAGGGAUUGAUAUUAUGGAUCAGAAGGGAUUGAUAUUAUGGAUCAGAAGGGAUUGAUAUUAUGGAUCAGAAGGGAUUGAUAUUAUGGAUCAGAAGGGAUUGAUAUUAUGGAUCAGAAGGGAUUGAUAUUAUGGAAGAUAAGGGAUUGAUAUUAUGGAUGAUAAGGGAUUGUAUCUGCAGAACAAGAGAGCUUUGCAUUUAAGGGCUGAAAAUUAAUCUGUGUGCCCCAGCCACCUGGGUAAUUGAUGGAACAGGAUUUCAUCGACACACACACACUCUCAGAAAUUGAGGAUGAACACUUCAAAACACACUAGGGGUAACCAGAAAAGCCUGUGUGUGUGUUUGUGUGCGUUUGUUCCCGCCCGAUGACUGUCCAAAAAUGCCCAUCUGGACACUGGACUGCCAGUAUUUCUCUGACGAGCCAGAUUCAAGAGGAAAAUUUGUGUAAUGAUAUUGUGAUAUUUUGCUGAACUGGGUGGAACCUGUUGGGUCUGUGGGUUUUCCCACAUGUUGUAAUUCAAACUCUGACUGAGGUUUGUUGAAUGUAGCUGGAAUUUACGACUUUGAAUUGGCACGGUUAGUGACAUGAUGAUUUUCCUGUAGAUUUCUCAACAAUGUUAAACCUCUGUUAAAUGAUGUGAAUGAUUGGUAAGGAACAAUGUAAUAAAACAAAACUAUGAGGGAA